GCUGGGCCUUCAGAGAAUGGCAGCUCAAACUCGAUGGCAGCCCAGGGUAGGGGUGCUUAGCAAGAGACUCCCACGGCUAAGCUGAGAAUUUCAGGGAAGGACGGAUAGCCUUCUCCUUGAGCUUAGCAUCGAUAAGACCAACUCGCUGGCCAGAAUUCCAGUCUGAGGCAGAGCAAGUACCAAGAUAGUCCUGAAACCAGGAGGAUUUGGGUUCAAAUGCUGCCCCUGAUUAACUCUGAUGGGCCUUGAUAUCUUCAUCAGUAAAAUGGGGACAACAACAAAGCCUAAGUCACGGGGCUGUUGGGAGGACCAGAGGAAGUAAUGGGUGUGAAAAGCCUUGCAAACCUCCGAAGAGGCUCUCCUUGUGAGACCUCUGCGAGGUCCUGCGCUCUGGGCUCAGCUAGAUGCCGAGGGGUGCACUCUCCACUGGAGCCAAUGGAAGGAAGUAGAUGGGUUCAGCCGGUGGCAGGAUGUCCCUAGAGCAGCAUGUAGAGAGUAGAAUUUCCUUCCCUGAGAAGUGUGAGACUUAAAGAUGGGCUCGCCGGCUUCUGACUCAGUUUCCCCUUUGUCCUUCCAGAUCAAAGGCAUGUCUUCAACUCAGCAAGUAUGGCAUACGGCGGUGCCCCCGCCAGACCUGAGCAGCCCCACAGCAGUGGUGCCCAUGUCGCCCGUGUCCCCCCCAGCCCCAGGCUCGCCCGAGGACGGAUCCGAGAAGGUGUCGUCCCCCCUGGAAUGUUCCAUCUGCUUUACAGGCUACGACAAUAUCUUUAAAACCCCCAAAGUCCUCUCCUGCACGCAUGUCUUCUGCCUGGAGUGCCUGGCUCGGCUCAUGGCAGCCCAGCCCGCCGGGCAAUCGGACGACUCGGUCCCCUGCCCCCUGUGCCGCCAGCCCACCCCUGUGCCACUGGCCGGGGCCCCCGCCCUGAGGACCAAUCAAGAGCUGCUGGCCUCUCUGGCCCCCCACCUGCAGAAGGAGGAGCCGGUCUGGAUGGACGGGAGCAAACUCUGCUACAGGCCACCCCUGCCCCCUAGCGCGUCGGAGCCCCCCGCCUGCAUCUGCGUGGACGUGGGCAUGAGCAAGCCCGAUGCCGUCCAACUCCCGUCUCCGGCCCCGGCCCGCCGCAGGGGGUUCUUGUCCCGCUGUUCCUACUGUAGUGACUGGAAGAGAAUUCUCCUCAUCAUGGUGCUGCUGGUCAUCCUCUUCUGUAUCGUCCUGUGGCCCGUCCAGUGCGCCCUCAAGACUGGCAACCUGCGCUGCUUCACCCACCCCCCUUCCGCCGUGAACCACCGGCCCACUCCCUCCGAGUUGCCCCUGAAUGACAAUUAGCCCAGCUGGGCCCCGGGGACCCCUCCCCCCAGCCUCCACCCCCCCUGAGUGCAAUAACCAAGCCUGGACCCCCUGGCUGGCCUUCUCAGCCUCCCUGGACCCCAGAGGGCCUGAUGGGAGGGGGUAGGAAGUGAGGAGAUAAUCUGUAGUCAAGCUAUUCCUAGACUCACAGAAAUGUCAGAGCUGGAAUGGGACUUACUGGUCACCUGGUUCAAAGAAAGUGACUGGUCCAAGGUCACACGAUGAGCUAGGGAGGGAGCUGGGCUCCCGGUCAGGACUCUUUCUAAUGUAGCCUUCGUUAAAAUGUGAAAAAGAAGUAGGUGGGGAAGGUGGGAGUGUUUCUCCCCCUCCCAGAGUCACUGGGGUGGGGUGGGUAGGAUGGGGGCAAAGAGUGCCCCCAGGAUAUGUAAUUUUCUAUGGCUUCCGUAUAUUUUAUUUUUAUUUGAUUUUUACGUGGACAUUUCAUACUUGAGGCUCUGGUGUCUUCCACACCAUCUCUCCCUGGGCAGGGCUGGUCCCUCCCUUCCCCAGACCCAGUCAUGCUCCCCAGCCCUCCCUGCCCAACACGCAUCACACCCCUCCUCCAAGAUCACCAACCUCCUACCCCCUCCCUAGCCUGGCUGGCUAGGGAAGAGCUCUGUCCUGGACUCCCUUCCCCCCCACCAGAAGCAGCCUUGGGGUGGGCGCCCUGAACCAGACCUUGCUGAUGCCCCUAUUCCCAGCCCCCCAUUCCAUUGGUCUGAGCAGACCUUGGGCAUUAACUGACCAGCAAAGCUUCCAUUCCCUGUUCUCCUUCCCCAUAGACCUACGAUGAGGGAGUGAGCAAGAAGCAUCGCCCCCCUCCUUUGUUAAUAACUGUGUUGUUUGAUAAAUAAAUAAAUAAAUGGGUUUUUUUUUUA